AUGGCCGCCGCCGGCUGUUUCCAAGCAGGAGGAGGAGUAGGCUGUAGUAGCAGCAGCAGCCGGAUGACGACGCGGCGGGGCCGGCCAUUAUUAGCGCCGUGGCGCCUGGUGCUGGUGUUCCUGCUCCUCCUGCUGCUGCUGGCGCCGAGCUGCUGCCAAGCGACGCGAGGCAUGCAGCCGUUCAGGGGCAAGCCGCUGGAGCCAGGCACCGCCAACCAUUUCCUGGGGUUCUUGCCGCGGGGCACCGUGCCGCCGUCGGGCCCCUCGCGGCAGCACAACUCCAUCGGAGCGGAGGACCAAAGCCAUCCCUGA